AUGGAUACUUGGCCCGGGCGAACCCUGGCCGGUGCACAGGAGAAAGUCCUGGAUGCUGGCCAAUGCAGGGAGCUGAUGUUUUGCCGCAUCCUGUCCGAGCUGCCAAAGUUGCUGCCAGUGGAGGGCGACUUGCCCGCGGCCCUGCUCCCAGACUUGGGCUGGGUCUUCGAGGACCCCAGCAGCUCAGAGAGCGACGAGCCGCUCCCCGGGAGCCCGCAGACGCUGCACCGGGAGCGGGAGAGCAAUGCCUCCUUCCGGUCAAUAGCAGCCUCUGUGGAUGAUGACUCGGUUGUGGACCUGCCCGACUGGCUGGAAAGCAAGAAGGAGAGGGGCGAGAGGGUCGGGAAGACUUCAUCCGCACAGUCUGUCGGCAGCGUUGGCAGCGGCUUUUCUGACGUGUCACCAUCCUGA